AUGGCUUCACGCGACCAUGACGUUGUCCUUGUGCAAGGUGAUGAUGCCGAGGCACUUCCCAGACGUGGGACUGGAGGUGGCGAACGGAGUUUCAGCUACAGCUAUAGUCGCAGCUCGAGAGGUGCCAGGCAGAAACGCUCGCCGUCUCCAAUGUCGGUCGGCUCUUCGGUGAUUGAGGAGCCAAAGGCUUCGAACACCAAACGACGAGUGCCUGCUGGACAAAGCACGCUGCAAGCCUCUGGUCAAGUGGCAAAGCGAAGCAAGAAGAAGGUCCGAAGGCGGGUGGCCAAAGUGCAUGUGGUAGAGGUGCAGGUGGCAAAUGCGGCAAAUUCGCCACCACCUGCGCCUGCACCCAUCAAGCCACCGAAGACACCAGUGAAGACGCCAGCGGCGAAACCGCCAGCAAUGAAGCUUCCAGCAAAGACGCUUCCGCCAAAGGCCAAAGCUCCUGCUGUGCCUAUGCAGCACAGGGUGAGGAAGCGUCGGCGCACCACAAAUUCCCCUGUGCCUGUAAAGGAGACACCACCAGUUGCACCUCCUCGAAGAACUGCUGCGAAAUCUGCACCAGCACCACCGCCUGUUCUGAUGGUUCCUCCGAACGUGAUGGAUGUCGACCUAACACCGGCGGAGCAGCAGGAACUGAAGGAUAGCGUUGUGAAGCACGUGAGGCAGACGGUGCAAGCAGAUGACGAACCAGACAUUUUGGCCGAGUUUAUCUGUGUUCUUCUUGAUCAGAAGAAAAACAGUUCUGAGAUGUUGGAGGAGUUAUCUGUGAUGGAUGACGAGGCGCAACCAUUCGUUACGUGGCUUGAGAAGGAGAAGGCCACUCUGAUAGGUCGAAGGCCAAGUAAAACAAGUUGGGAGCGGCGACCACCUCCGCAAAAGGUGCUUGCAGAUGAGGAAGCUCCUGACAAGCCACCAGGCCAAUUCACGCCACUGCCGAGUCGUUCGCAAGCUUUGCUGACGCCAAAUGCAGUCACAGCUUCGCUUGAAGAGUCUGCGAAGGCCGGUGGCAUGGAUCGGCAAGGCUUGGUGGUGAUUACCAACCGCCUCAUUCUUCAGCCAAACUGUGGACACGGUGGACACAGUGGACACAGUGGACACAGUGUCGGACACAGUGGACACACUGGGCACCGGCCCGAAGGUGCAGUUGAUGCAGAGAAAGUUGCUCUCGCAGAGAAGAAGGCUGAGGAGGCUCACCAAAAGAAGCUAGACCUUCUUGCUGAGAUGACCAAAGAGCUGCAGGUGAUCCUGCAGCGGUUGUCCGACAAGAACUUGGCAGAUCCCAGUCGAGAGAGGUAUCAAACUAUGGCCCAGACCAUCCAGAACAGAAUGGCAUCUCUGUCACGCCCUGCUGAGAAAGCUGAAAGAGCCUACGGUCAAGAUUUGUGGCAGGAAAAAGUCGCAACUGCCCAGACAGCAAGCGGAGGAAUCCCUGGAAUCGCUGGAAUCCCUGGAGCCCCUGGAGCCCCUGGAGCCCCUACCAGUGCGAUUGUCGUGAGUCCGGCCAGUUCAUCUUGA